GCAUGCGCCAGUCCGCAGGUGUGGGCGGAGGAGAAAUCGCGUCGGCGGUAGGGGAUGACGUAAAAAGGCCGCGCUGUACUGCGGCUUGUGCCGCUUCCGCAAGAAGGUUUCCUGGCCUGUUGCAGCCAUGGUUCAUUGCAGUUGCGUGUUGUUCAGAAAGUAUGGAAAUUUCAUCGAUAACCUAAGACUCUUCACCAGGGGAGGAUCCGGUGGAAUGGGUUAUCCUCGUUUAGGUGGAGAAGGUGGAAAAGGUGGUGACGUCUGGGUUGUAGCCCAGAACAGAAUGACUUUAAAACAACUUAAAGACAGGUAUCCUCAGAAACGGUUUGUGGCUGGAGUAGGAGCAAACAGCAAAAUUAGUGCACUGAAAGGCUCCAAAGGAAAAGACUGUGAAAUCCCUGUGCCUGUGGGCAUUUCAGUAACUGAUGAAAAUGGUAAAAUUAUAGGAGAACUCAAUAAAGAAAAUGACAGAAUUUUGGUAGCUCAAGGAGGUCUUGGUGGUAAAUUACUUACAAAUUUCUUACCAUUGAAAGGCCAGAAACGAAUAAUUCACCUUGAUCUAAAACUUAUAGCUGAUGUAGGCCUAGUAGGAUUCCCAAAUGCUGGAAAAUCCUCUUUGCUAAGUUGUGUUUCUCAUGCAAAACCUGCAAUUGCAGAUUACGCAUUUACAACAUUAAAGCCUGAACUUGGAAAGAUAAUGUACAGUGAUUUCAAACAGAUAUCAGUAGCUGAUCUUCCGGGUUUAAUAGAAGGAGCACAUAUGAACAAAGGAAUGGGCCACAAAUUCCUCAAGCAUAUAGAAAGAACUAGACAACUACUUUUUGUUGUUGAUAUUUCUGGAUUUCAGCUUUCUUCUCACACUCAAUACAGGACAGCUUUUGAAACCAUAAUACUGCUUACAAAAGAGUUGGAAUUGUACAAAGAGGAACUUCAGACAAAACCUGCGCUCUUGGCAGUUAAUAAAAUGGACUUACCAGAUGCCCAAGAUAAGUUCCAUGAAUUGAUGAGCCAGCUCCAGAAUCCUAAAGAUUUUCUGCAUUUAUUUGAAGAAAACAUGAUUCCAGAGAGGACUGUAGAGUUCCAACAUAUCAUCCCCAUAUCUGCAGUUACUGGAGAAGGAAUCGAAGAAUUAAAGAAUUGUAUAAGAAAGUCACUGGAUGAACAGGCCAACCAGGAAAAUGAUGCACUUCAUAAGAAACAGUUGCUUAAUUUGUGGAUUUCUGAUACAAUAUCUUCUACUGAGCCACCAUCAAAGCAUGCUGUUACUACUUCCAAAAUGGAUAUAAUUUAAAUAUAUUAAAAAUGGUAUUGAUGGAAUAGUAUUUAAUGCUUAAAAACAAGGAAAUCCUUUCGUCUGUGACAACCUGGAGGACAUGUUAAGUAAAAUAAGCCAGGCUUAGAAAGACAAAUGCUGCAUAAUCUCACUGUGGAAUCUUAAGUUGAACUCAUAGAAGGAGAGAAUAGAAUGGUGGUUAUCAAGGGCUGGUGGGGCAGUGGAGGAUUGAGGAGAUAAUGGUCAAAAUUUACAAAAUUUCAGUUAGACAAGGCAACUGAGUUCAAGAGAUCUGUUGUACAGCUUGGUGACUGUAAUUAACAACAAUGUAUUUUGAAAGUCACUGAGUAAAUUUUAAGUGGUUUUUCCAAAAAAGCACAUAAGGUAAUGCACGUUAAUUAGCUAUAUUGAGCCAUUCCACAAUGUAUAGACAUUUCAAAACAUGUUACACAUGAUAAAUCCAGUUUUUCUACGUCAUUUUUUUAAAUUAUAUUUAAUUUUUUCAUUUUGAAAGUUUUUUCACAGAUCUUUUUUUUAGUAUUAUUACCUUCUGAUAUAUGUGUCAUUAUUGAAGAACCAUACCUUUUAAAGUUAUUAUUUUGUAAUUAAGUAUGUCAACAAUAAAAAAUAACCAGUGGCCAGGCAUGGUGGCUCAUGCCUGUAAUCCCAGCACUUUUCGGAGGCCGAGGAGGGCAGAUCACUUGAGGUCAGGAGUUCAAGACCAGCCUGGCCAACAUGGCGAAACCCCGUCUCUACUAAAAAUAUAAAAAAUUAGCCAGGCAUAGUGGCGCAUGCCUGUUGUAGCCCCAGCUACUCAAGAGGCUGAGGCAGGAGAAUCGCUUGAACGUGGGAGGUGGAGGAUACAGUGAACCCGAGGUCGCGCCACUGCACUCCAGCCUGGGUGACAGAGCUAGACUCCAUCUCAAAAAAAAAAGAGAGCUAAAAAAUUACAUUUUACAAGUUUAUGGCCAGCCCACCUGUAAUAACAUUCUCUGAUAUUCCUUUACUUAGGAUGUCCCUAUUGAGAUCAUUUUUUAAAUUUAUGUGGAAGGAUUCUCUAGAUUAUUAUUAGAAUGAGCAAUUCAGUUUUGUUUUUGAGCCUGUCUUAUACCUGGUUGCACCAAAUAUAUAAUAGUUAUCUUUUGUGGAGACCUUAAAACCCUAAAUUUGAACACAUGUUCAAUGAUAAUAAAGAUAUGACAGAAACUAGAA